UCUGGGUCCAGUAACAAGCAGAUUCCUUUGCUCUGCACCGUUUGCCCUGAGACACCCCGAUUCUCUGAUGUUUCCCACCUCCUCACGCAUAUUGCCUCCAAAGGCCAUCUUCAUCAUGAGACUCAGACGAAGCUGAAGUCUCACCAAGACAUUGCAGCCUCCAUCUCCCUUCAGCAAAUCAAGCGAACCGAAUCCGACACUCCUGUAAAGAAUGAGCGCGAAGAAUACCCCGUAGACUUUCCCGUUUACCCGGGAUUCUUUCCGUCCGAUAACGAAAACGACCCUCCAGACGAACUUUUCGUACCGGCCGACAUGAUGGCACUGAAGGGUCAAGUAUGGCCAGGCAUGGGAAAAAUGGAUUUGGCAAAUGAGGACAUGAAGCGCACUCGUAACCAAAGGAAGCCCAAAUCCGCCAUUGAGAAAAUGAGGAGAACUUCUGAAGGCAUUGAGCCCACGCAAGUUGUGAUGACGGCCGAGUUUGAGGUCGAAAGGAUUAAAGACGUGUAUGAUAGCUCUUCGCCAGUACCAGACCAGGAGGAAGCGACUCCGCUCAAAAAGGUAGCGAAGCCUCGACGAAAGCGAGGGGAGCCCCUGGCAGAGAUUUCUGCCAACGUUCCUCGAGGAAAUAGCCGUCGUAUCACACGCAGCAAUCUUGGACAAGGAAAAAGCUCCAAGCCACUUACGGGGUACAGCCGGACUUCGAGCUCCGACAUCACUCCUCUUGGACAGUUCAAGCGUUCUCACGACAUAUUCCGAGAUGAGGAUACAGUCACUGGACUCUAUGACAAUCGGCCGCUGUCAGGUUCUUCUCACAGGGAACCGAGGUUUGAUCUGCGCGGUCGGGUUGGACUGCACCAAUUGAACCCGAUAUCCCACUCUAAUCUUGUAUCCCCGACGCCGCAAUCUCGGGAUAUACCAGAUAGAUCAUUCUCGGGACGAGAGAUUAAUAGAGGCGCUUUGAACCACUCGGAUCUAUCAUAUGCCCUGAAUGGAACAUCGAUCUAUAAUAACACACCGCGGUUUACUUUCGCCUCAAGCAACCAUUUCAACACUCUCAGCCAUGACCACUUUCGCCUUUCUUCAGGCCACCACGCUCAACACAAGCUAGAUGAUUUCUCCAAUCCUGGUACGAAUGAUGCAGUCUCAGCGACAAACCAAUUUCUGGAUAUGCCUGGCGCAAAUCCCCUGUUCUCGCAAGACCGUCUCUUCUUUGGAUCGGGUUCAGCACAAAAUCUAUCUUCGUUGGGAUUUACAUCGAUAAACCGUAAUCAAGAUGCCGCCCAUUCGAUGCGCCAAAACCAUGACCAAUCU